ACAAUCGACUCAAGUCAGGUCAGGCAUUCAAUUUUAGCGAAAACCCAUCUCCGGAUUGGGCAAAAGCUGAUCGAUUUGGGGAAAAAAAUCCCCUGAAAUGUCUUUAGGGCAAAAGAGUUCGGUGGAUCCUGGUGCGAUGCUUACUUCUCUCUUGAACAAGCGAGAGAAGCUCCGGCAAGAGUUGCGGAGCAUCGAGAAAUAGGUUUAUGAAUUGGAGAGCUAUCUUCAAGAAUCGACUCAUAUAGGAAAUGCGUUGAAGGGCUUUGAAGGGUUCCUCUCUUCCUCGAAAAGCUCGGCUUCUCUCAGGUCAAGGAAGUUUCAGCCUGAAGACAGAGUCUUCUCAUUGUCCUCAGUCACGUCACCGGCUGUAUGUUUUUAUACAAUUUUUAUCACAUUUUCUCAUUUGCAAAGACAAUUUUUUUUUUGUUUUCCUUGUUGGUUGGCAAUUGAAUCACCGCCAAAAGAGCUGGUGUUUCGUAUAUAG